AUCUAAUCUAUUUGUAAUCAAACCCCCAAAACAAAAAAUAAUUUAUAAUCAAUUUCAUCAGGCAUUCAACAAUCAAUUCUAACUAGGGUUCCCAAUUUCAUCAUACGCCAUUGGAAAUGGCUUCGCUUUUUCUUCGCCUUCGGAUCCUUCCUCUCGCAAUUCUUCUCCUCCAUUCUCAAUUCGCUUCCGCUUUGUUUUCCGCUCCUGAAUCCACCACUCCAUACCCUAAGGCGAUUUCUGAUUUGAAGGAAACGAUUGUGAAAGGGUUAGGAUUUACAGCUGAAGAUUUCAAGAUAACUGGGUUUGAUCCAAGGGAAGCUCAGGUUGGGCAUUCGGUGGCUUACGAAUUCGAUGUUGAGAUUGGUCAGAAGGUGAUACCUUUCAAGCUCCUUGAAGAUGUAAACCGAUGGGACUACGUGGAUCUUCCAAUUUUCCGGGUCGAUGAACCGGGUCAGCAAAACGGGUUGGUUCAGAAGAGGGAUUCGGGUCAUGGGUUGCCGGUUUUGGCUCCAUUCCAGCUCGCUGGACCCAUGGAGCUGUGGAUUCAGGAUGCUAAGGACAUGAGGAUCUCUCUCCCUGUAAGCAAGUUUCUUUAUUUCAAUCAUCAUCAUUUUUGGUAUUUAAGGUUUCUAAUAAUAUCGUAUGUGAAAAUGGUUGCGGUUACAGUGGCUAGUUCAAAGCUAACUAGUUUUAAAACUCAACUUAGAAGUACUAAUGUUUUCAUUUAGCUAUCUUAUCAUUGUGAUCAAUUUCCAUCACAUUGUUAGAGUUUAAGAGUUGUAGUGCUGGUAAUUUGGUAUCCUUUGUUUGUGCUCCAUGCCUCAACAUCAGACUCUCCCAACAACAGGUUGAAGCUCAAACGUCUUGCACCUGGUCUUGUGGAGUUAUCAUCCCCAUCAAACAACAAAGCAAUUGAUGCCCUGCCUACUAUUGAUCUCCAUGGUGAAGCCCAGACACUACUUACUCCAACUCAGUUUAGGACACUAUGGCCUCUCACUUCCCUGAAUGGAUCAAACGCCAACUUGUUGGGCUUUGAGAAACUGUUGGCCUCUGUGCUGGGUCCUAAGGCUAACAAGAAGGGUUCCUUCAAAUUGUUGAAGGCUGAUGUUUCAGCUCAGACAUUUGUAAAGAUAGGCUUUCAGGCUGAGAAGAAGCUAAAGGAAGGAGAUGGGUUUAGUUUACAGGGUUACCCUGAGUGGAGGACUAAGCCUGAGACUGUGAAAAUGCACUUUGAGGUGUUGGCAAAGGUUGAUGGUGACAAAGUCAUACCAGAGAGAAUUUUGCCAGUAACUCCUGUUAUCGUGGAGGAUACUGUGGCGCCAAAUCUACUCACGGGCAAUGUGACCAUGUCAAAGAUGCCAAUAGUUCAGCCUGCUCCGGAUCCCUUCGCCUUGUAAUUUGUUGGUGGAAGGAUAAAAGGAGUGUGUUUUUGUGUACAUUACCCAGGGGGAUUAUAGAAGAGAGAAGAGAUCCUUGUAUCACUUUUGAUAAUAUACAUAAUAGUUAAGGAAGUUGUAAAAAUGAUGAGGAAUGAAGAUAAAUUGUUUUAUUCUUUUA